AUGGGUGCUCAGUCAAAGCCCGCCCCAAUUGGGCCCUGGGGUCUUGCGACAGCAGGCGCUGCCGGUGCUGUGUUUGCCAACACGCUGGUGUAUCCUCUCGAUCUCGUCAAGACCAAACUCCAGGUGCAAGUAAAGGCCAACUCCGAGAAGGGCGAGGGCGCCUCCGAUGAGCCGCACUACAAGUCAUCAUGGGACGCUAUCUCCAGGAUUGCUUCCGCUGAAGGAAUUCAGGGUCUCUAUGCCGGUAUGGCUGGAUCGCUGCUUGGUGUCGCUUCUACCAACUUUGCCUACUUCUACUGGCAUUCGACUGUUCGCACUCUGUACCUCAAGCACAGCAAGCACACGGGGCCCACCUCGACCAUCACCGAACUCUCCAUCGGUGCUGUUGCAGGCGCGCUUGCUCAGCUCUUCACCAUCCCAGUCGCAGUCAUCACCACUCGGCAACAGACGCAAAACAAGGAGGACAGAAAGGGUUUCUUCGACACUGCGAAGGAGGUUAUUGAGGGCGAGGAUGGCGUCUGUGGGUUGUGGAGGGGUUUAAAGGCGAGUUUGGUGCUGGUCGUCAACCCGUCCAUCACAUAUGGUGCCUAUGAAAGGUUAAAGGAGACUCUGUUUGCCGGCAAGAAGAACCUUUCUCCCAUGGAGGCAUUCGCCCUCGGUGCCAUGUCCAAGGCUCUCGCCACUAUUGUUACUCAGCCCCUUAUCGUUGCCAAGGUCGGCUUGCAGUCUAAGCCGCCAGCGAUUCGUCAGGGCAAGCCAUUCAAGAGCUUCGUCGAGGUGAUGCAGUUCAUCAUCCAGAACGAAGGAGCUCUGGGUCUCUUCAAGGGCAUCGGACCCCAGAUUCUCAAGGGCCUGCUGGUUCAGGGCAUCUUGAUGAUGACCAAGGAACGUGUCGAGCUUCUUUUCAUUCUUUUCCUCCGUUACAUUCAGCUUGUGCGUUCCAAGCAGCUCAAAAGGUCUGCUGACCUGACUGCGGCAGCCAAGCUUGUUUCACCUGUGACUGUGAAAUAA